AUGAACGGUGGUUAUACUAGCGGUUGUUGGUUCCAAGUUCCUCCUGUCGCACAGGUUACGCUUACAAGAACAUUGCCGCCCGGUGUGACAGGAAAGGACGUCAUCCUAGCCCUCUGUCCUCUCUUCCCUGCGGAUUUUGUUGGCUCGGAGGAGGCCAUGGCUCGCCUCUCUAUCGACGAUCAACUUACCAUCAGUAACAUGUCGACGGAGUGGUCGGCGACUUCUGCAAUGUUCCCGAUUGAUAAGACUCUGGAGCGCUGGCUACGGAAUAAGGCUACAGAGGCAGCAACCUACGAGGGCCGGACGACUCCGGAGAGGCUCACACACGACAAGAUCGAUCAGCUCUACGCCGACCCUACGCAUAUCCAAGCUGAUCCUGGGGCUCAUUACGCCAAGAAGCUACAUCUCAACCUCUCUACUCUCUUGCCUCAAGUCACAGGACCCAACAGUGUGAAGAUAUCGACCCCGCUCAGCGAGCUUGUCCCGAAAAACAUCAAAGUUGAUGAGGCUUACAUUGUGAGCGGUACCAACUCACGGAGCUCUGGACUGAAGGCUGCAACCAAAGUCUUCCAGAAUGCUGCCAAGGCCAGCGGCAGCAGGGAGAUACCCGAAAUCGCAGACCAUGUUCAGCUCUAUAUCGCGGCGGCUUCGAUCAAUGAGCAGAAGAUCGCCGAGAAGGAAGCGUACCUUGCCAGUCCUGAAGUGGUAGCCGCCAGUGCUCUUAGCGGUGAGAUUUCAGGUGCCGGCGUAUAUAAGACCUCCGAGAACCUCAACGGCAUCGAGUUCGGUUAUGGUACUGGCUCGCCGGCGUCCCCUCUGAUCGAGCUCGAGAGCGCUGUCGAACAGCUAGAUUCUCUCAUCGACCGGGCCGAGUCUUCUGUCCUCCAGGACGACGACGCCGCAAAAGAAACGACUUGGAUACUUCUGGGCUUUCCUAAGAAAAUCAGGGAAGUCUGUAUGGUGCACUACGACCCAGACUUCGGCUCAGUCGCUAAGCCGAAUGAUAUCCUUCAAGCAGCAACAGCCAUCCUUGCCAGACAGAUCCCACUCGUCGUAGCUGGGAGCUUCUCUAGUAUCUUUGCCCGCAAUAGCAUCAACAAUGCGCUCUUGGCCAUAGAGAAGGUGCUGACACGGCGGACAGGCUGGACCGGAACAUGGGACAUCUCCCGGAGCACCAUCAAAGUACAAGAGGGCGAGGAUGGAGAAUGCUGGGAGGAAAAGGUCGGCCAUAUUCCCAGGGAAUCUACAAGAGAUUAUCGCGAAGGGGGGCUUGACAGAAUGGGCCAAGCAUGA